UGGGCGGGUUAUCCGUUACACCAUGCGUGCUACGAUUGGACGCGGUGUGAUAGUGGGAAGUUGCCGUACGCCGGUGUCUCCCUGGUUGCGCAAGACGCCAUUUUGGGGUGACAGUGAGAGAUAACGGAAAGAUCGAGAAGCUGUCGUUUUAAAGCUUCAUCACCAUGGGGAAUGUAUUUGCGAGCUUAUUCAAAGGCCUGUUUGGCAAAAAAGAAAUGAGGAUUCUAAUGGUGGGGCUGGAUGCGGCUGGAAAAACAACUAUCCUAUAUAAACUCAAACUCGGAGAGAUAGUCACCACCAUUCCCACCAUUGGUUUUAAUGUUGAAACUGUAGAAUACAAGAACAUCAGCUUCACAGUUUGGGAUGUGGGCGGUCAGGACAAAAUCAGGCCGCUGUGGCGCCACUACUUCCAGAACACUCAAGGGCUCAUCUUCGUGGUGGACAGCAACGACAGGGAGAGGGUGAACGAGGCGAGGGAGGAACUGUCCAGAAUGCUUGCCGAGGACGAACUCAGAGACGCCGUGCUGCUCGUUUUUGCAAAUAAACAGGAUCUCCCCAACGCCAUGAAUGCUGCAGAGAUCACAGACAAGCUGGGCCUGCACGCCCUCCGCCAGCGCAGCUGGUACAUCCAGGCCACCUGUGCCACCAGUGGAGACGGCUUGUACGAGGGCCUCGACUGGCUCUCCAACCAGCUGAAGAACCAGAAAUGAUCCAUUCCAGCAGUUUUGAAUUAUUAUUUUUUCGUUUGUUUGUUUGUUGUUGUUUUUUUUUUUUCUCUGUUUCGACACAGCGGCAGCACCGGAUCCAGGCCCCCCUCUGUGCCCCUCUAACUCCUCUGCCCCGGCUCUUUCUUUCAACGCCUUUCUCCUGCUUUCUCUUCCUCCUCGUCAGUACUCUUGGGGCUCUAGCCUGUGCUGCUUGUGUGUGUGUGUGUGGGUGUGGGUGUGUGCGUGUGGGUGUGUAUGCCUGUGUGGGUGUGAAGGCGUCUCUGUGUAUGCUGGCUGGGAUCGGGAGUAACCCUGGCGUGCCUUUUACACACCUCCUGUGGAAUCAGCAGUCUGGUUUUCAAGCCCCCCUCUCUCUCUUUCCAUCCACCAAACUCAGUCUCUGCCCUGCUCGGCCUGCCCCCUCCUCACCUAAUCUAAGUCUUGCACGGCCCCCCCACCUUGACCCUGUUCUGCCCCGCCCUUACUCUUCAGAGGAAGCACGGUUUUCAUACGGCAAAGAAAGAGCAAGGGUGCAACCCCCUACUCCUCCCUGUAGAAUAUAUCUAUGUUGACUAGAAAUGCCCCCCUCCCUCCCACCUUCAGUGCUUAGGUGUUCAUUUUAAUCUGAUUUUUGAGACCUCAAACCCACCAAGAGAUUCAGUAAAUUGCAUCUUAACCUGUAUCAGGUCGAAGCAAAUGGAAAAAAAAAACAAAAAAUGGAAAAUUAAAAAAAAAAAAAAGUAAGAAAAGAGAAAAUCCCAUCCUUGAUCAUUCUGGUGUCAUCUGAAAAUCAUGCUGUUUGUUUUAUUAAUAUUAUUAUUAUUAUAUUGGAAUAUAAAAGAUUAUUCUUAGCAAUGGUUCUCCAGUGAACACUACCUUUCUCCCCUCCCACCACUAAGUGAGAGCGUGAAGCACAAAAGAAGAAAAAAAUUAAAAAAUUAAACUCUACGAGAAUAUGCAAUUCUUGACUUUGGGUUGCUGGCGUUUAAAUCCUGGGAUUAAAUUAGGAUUUUCCUUUUUCUUUUUUUCUUUUUUUUUUUUUUUUUGGAGAUGACCUUCAGUGUUUCCAUGCCAGAUACAAGGUGUUGGACAUUUCGCACACUUCAGACUGAGGCAGGUGUCCUGAUACAUUCACAGGCUUCACAUGUUAUUCCUUUAAAGAGAUGUUACAUGUUAUUUUUUUUCUGUAACUAGUUUUAGCAUUUCUAUUUGUACUUUGACUGCUGAACCAAAUGCAUUUGAGCAGUAUGACAAAUCCUGUAUACGGAAGUAGAAAGUGCAUCCUCGAGGGCCUCAGACGAGUUUCUUUUUCUUCUCACCAACGGUUGGCACUUUUAUUUUGAAAGUCUGAAAGCAUCCAGCUGUGUGUGAUCUUUUUUUUUUUUUCUUCCUGGUUGGGAUGAAGGAUUGGCACCAAAAAAAAAAAAAAAACCAUGAUAAAAAAUAAAAUAAUGAAGGCUCUCUAUAACUGUGAAGGGUCCAGACGUCUGGGUGUUUACAGGCAGAAAAGACCAACACAGUUAGUACUCUGUCGGAGGCUUGUCGGCGAGCUGGAAGGACUUGGUGGUAGACCUGUUGAGGGGAAUGGGUGUGCAGUUAGCUGGUCGUCCUCAGUGUUGAACCAUGGGGGUUAGAGCUGGCACUUCUGUCAAGAAUGAUUGUAAAUCUGUAAGUUCCCCUAUAAACUGUUUCUGUGGGGAUUUCCUGAACACAUUAAUAAACAUGAUUUGAUCCAA